AUGUCGUGUUCAGCAGAGCACUAUGACGGCUGUUUCCCGGUCACUGCCUUGAAAGAGAUCCAUAUAGCAUCUUCAAGAUAUCUUCUCAAAGGUCAAGGACCUUUCGUCUCUGUGAUCGAUGUCAAGAGCGGGGAGACUAUUCACAAGCUCAGAGUUUUCCGACGGAACAAUGUCCACGGUUUCAUGAUUGAUGAGCUGCGGUGCAGAGAGCAAGACAUCUUUUCUGUACUAGUGUGGGGUGGUUCUUCUUUACGGGUUAUUCGUAUCCUUAGGCAGCAGGGCGACAAACUUCAUCUUCGGAUUGUGUGUGGAACGUUGGAACAUGCUGCUCCUGACUGGAUAUAUGAUAUCUGUCCAGCGCACAUCGAUGAUACUUCGAAUCUUGCUUACUUGAUUACCGGUCACAACUCUGUCUUGUCGAUCAAAUUGAAGCAAGCUGACGGUUCCAAAUAUUCCGACGCCAUACAACUGAGGCGUCUGGUCAGUGGCGUCAAGUCUACACUAUAUUCUGCCGACAUAAUAACUCUCUCUGCUUCACAUAUCCUCAUAGCCGCCGGCACUGUCUUUGGCGAGAUUAUCGUCUGGUCUUGUUUUAGGCAAGAUGGUACGGAUGCAAAUGCGUCUACGGUUACAUCCUCAAUUCACCACUUUUUCACCGGCCACGACGGUUCAAUCUUCGGAGUCAGUAUUUCCGACGAACUACGCCUGAAUAAAGCUGGAAAGGAGCAACGCGUGAGACUCCUCGCUAGUUGCAGUGAUGAUCGCACGGUCCGGAUUUGGGAUAUCUCGGACUGCAUCCAUACCACUUCCGCAGAUCGCGCGGCAUAUGUGACGGAUGGAUUUGACUUACGAAGCACAGGCUUCGGAAGUACUGCACCAAAGAACAUAUCAAGUGGCUCUGAGUCGGCUGUUGCCAAGGGCUGGGGUCAUAGUUCUCGUGUAUGGGGGGUUUAUUUUUUGCCUGUCAGAGGCAACAGUACAGCUACGGUGAAUCUUGUCUCGAAAGGGGAGGACGCUACAAGUCAACUGUGGCGGCUAGACUUGACGAAUUCAAAGACAGAUGGCAAUUUUCAGUAUGAGUUGAGCAAUAUCACGUCACUGAGUCAUCAUGCGGGAAAGCAUAUCUGGUCAUUAGCAUUGUCCAAAGGAGAUGACGAUACGCUAUCCAUAUUUACAGGGGGAAACGAUGGGGCGGUCAGGACGUAUGAGCUGGCUUAUACUGCAAACCACGACGAUGAUUUAUCUUUAGGCAUAUCACCUUACAGCCCGAGAACUCUGUUCAAAGCCGCAUAUUCCAAGGUCGACGCGAGCGGUCUCACGCCGCGAAGCUUUGCUUUUGUGUCGAAAGAUAGUUUCGUCGUGGUCUAUGUCGGGGGGAUUGUACAGUUGGGGACUUUGACUCUUGCUUCUCACACACUUAAGCCACAGAUAGAAUGGGAGACUUUGUCUACGGAGGAAGAUAUACGCUCUUAUUCGACAAUAGCUUCCAUUUCAAGCCAGGGUCUUGCGAUAAUUGGUGGCUCGACCGGAAAGCUGUUUCUAUACAACCACACCACUAGAAAGUUGACGAAUAUGAUACAGGUCCCUCGUCGUCCUGUGAAAAUUGUAAUGUUGGAUGCUGAGAUUGACGAUGUGUCCGCUCCCCGAAGCUUCACGUUCCUUGUGGCAUAUCCCCAAUUUGAAGAAGCGCAUUUGUUCAACGUCGACAUGGUCGAAGGCGGCUAUGAUGUGAAACAAACGACCCUGGUGUUGCCUCCGGCACUUGCAAUUUCAACGGGAUCUAUCGUCUGCCGGGGCAAAUGUAUUGCUAUUGGUGGUAAAAUGGGCCAGCUUCUACUAUACUGCCUGGACGCUUCAAAAGAGAGACUCGAGUACUCGUUUGUUAUGUGGCGAGCUCAUGGAAGAGAAUCUUUGAACUUUAUUAGUUCUAUUGAUGAUGAUGAGAUUCCCGAUGCGGGAUACGUGAUGACCGGCGGUGGAGAUGGUCAUUAUUGCGCAUGGCGACUAUACAGGCGAUCAGAUGGUGAUGAUAGAUGGAGUUUACAACAAAUCCACCGCUCAUCGGCGCCGUUAUCACAAAUAGAAGGCGCUUAUUUCGAUGACCACACUGGACAGUUCAUCCUUUACGGUUUCCGGGGCGUAGCUCUCGUCCUAUGGAAUGAGACCACUCAGACGCAAAUAUUGACACUUGAUUGCGGUGGUGUGAACCGAUUCUGGAACUUCAUGCCCGAUCCCCUCGUCCCAGGAGCGGGCACGAUAGUCUGGAUUCAAGCACGAGCGCUGCAUGCAGUUGUUGCAGAUUCUGUUCUUCAUCGUCCUCUGCAAAUGGGAAGUCAUGGACGGGAACAAAAGACUUUGGCGGUAGCCAAAGCAGGUAACCAUGGAGGACAAGCGCUGCGAUUAAUAGCUAGCGGAGGAGAAGAUACACUGAUCCGUAUCUCGGUGCCGUCGCCAAAAUCAAAAGACAGCAGCAGCACGUGGAACUCUGUGCAGUGUUUGCGUAUUAUGAGUGCUCACGUCAGUGGUUUGCAGCAAAUCAAGUGGUCGGAUGAUGGUAGAUUCGUAUUCUCAAGCGGCGGUAGAGAGGAGUUUAUGGCGUGGCGAAUUCGAUCAGAGCCGAAACUGGGUAUCACGGCAUUGUUGGAGGCCGCGUGUCCACGCGAGGAGAUGGAGAUAGAGCUUCGCGUUACUAGUUUUGACGUGCUGCGUAUGGAGUCAUCGGGUGAGGAAGAUAGGUUUUUGCUGGCUCUCGUAUAUUCGAAUUCUACCGUCAAGAUAUUCUCAUAUACAAGCUCGAUGGACUCACAUGCCUAUCAGCUCCUUGGAAGAGGGACCUAUUCUACAAAUUGCUUGACAGAGGUCCAUUUCAUGAUCCGGAAAUCGAGAGUAUUCCUCGCUACAGGAGCUACCGAUGGAUAUCUUGCUGUCUGGCCCGUGGAAUGGAUUACGCACGAGGGGUCUGACAAGUUCUCUGUGAACGCGGCUUCCGACGUCCAGACAUUGACAUGGGAACUGCAUCAUGCCGUUCAUACCAGCAGCAUCAAGACUUUGGAGCACGACGAAAUUCUUCCAGGGUAUCAGCUCCUCGUCAGUGGCGGCGAUGACAAUUCCUUAUCAGUCACGCUCGUCAAGCUAGAUGAUGACGACGUUCGCGUAGUCAGCAGCGUCUGCGUUGGGAACGCGCACGCAUCGGCGAUAACGGCAGUCAAGAUUUUGAGCUUUUAUACAGACACCACUACCACGGUAGAUAUCGCAUCGUCUGGUGGAAACGAUCAACGAGUCAAACUGUGGUCCGUUGUUGUUGAUUUAGCGAGGAAAACGCAGGAACCAGUGAUCACGAUCUCACUGAAAUCAGACCAGUAUUGCCCUGUGGCUGAUAUCGCGGCUAUGGACGUCAUGGAAAUUGCCGAUACUGCAGGCACUACGAAGAGGGUGUUGGUCCUGGGAGGUGUUGGGAUGGAGAUGUUGAGCAUCGGCGCUGAUCGAAACGUAGCGUAG